CAGCAUGUCUGGUCUUCCUCGAUUCUUCGAGCGAGUGACAGCAGUGUCACAGAGUCGGUCGCACAGUCCGCGCGCGCCCGCGCAUCGCCACAGAUCCUCGGAAUAUGCGCUCGCGAUAAAUUCGAUAAUAAUAAAUCGAUCCUCGCGAAGUGUUUUGAAUUUUAGUUUUUUUUGGAUCGAAAGUGGGUGUUGGCUGAAAGAAGUUUUUCGUGGCGAAUUUGCAAUGAUGUUGAAGAUGCUGGUGGCGGGGCUGGUUCUGGGGCUGGCGCUGGGCGCCGGCGCCGCGCUGCCGCCCUCGUGCAGCCGCCCGCUGUACUGCGGCUCCGACCUGCUGCACACCGUGCAGCUCGCUAACAUCUUCCAGGACUCCAAGACCUUCGUGGACCUCGCGCUCAACGACGACGAGCAGACCAUCCUCGACAAGUUCGACUCGCUCAUGAACGAGACCGCGCGCCAGCCGACCCGCGAGCAGCUGCAGGCCUUCGUGCAGAGCAACUUCCACAACGGAUCGGAGCUGGAGGCGUGGAGCCCGCCGGACCACGCCGCCGACCCCGCCUUCCUCGCCGGCGUGCGCGACCCCGCGCUGCGCCAGUUUGCCGCCGACAUCCACGCCAUCUGGCCCACGCUCGGCCGCCGCAUCCGCCCCGAGGUGCUCGCCCAUCCUGACCGCUACAGCCUCAUCCCCGUCACGCACCCCUUCAUCGUGCCCGGCGGCCGCUUCAAGGAGAUCUACUACUGGGACACGUACUGGAUCAUCGAGGGGCUGCUCAUCAGCGGCAUGCGGGACACGGCGCGCGGCAUGAUCGAGAACCUGGUGGAGCUGCUCCGCGCCGUGGGCCACGUGCCCAACGGCGGCCGCUGCUACUACGAGCAGCGCAGCCAGCCGCCGCUGCUGUCCGCCAUGGUCGCACUCUACUUCCGGGAGACGAGGGACGUCAAGUUCCUAAAGCAGAACAUUGACGCGCUCGAGACCGAGAUCAAGUACUGGCUGGACACGCAGGCCGUAACCUUCGAGAAGGAUGGGAAGAAGUACUCGCUGCUGCGCUACUACGCGCCGAGCGAGGGCCCGCGCCCCGAGUCCUACUCCGAGGACUACGAGAACGCGCAGAGCUUCGACUCGGAGGAGCGGCGCGCGCAGUUCUACCUCGACAUCAAGAGCGCGGCCGAGAGCGGCUGGGACUUCUCCUCGCGCUGGUUCGUGGGCCCCGCGGGCGGCAACGCCGGCAACCUCACCACCGUGCACACCUCCGAGAUCAUCCCCGUCGACCAGAACGCCAUCUUCGCGAACGCGCUACAGAACCUGGCGAUGUUCCACGCCGUGCUGAUGUCUCCGCGCAAGGCGGCGCAGUUCGCCUUCCAGGCCAAGCAGUGGCGCGACGCCAUGGACCAGGUGCUGUGGCACGAGCAGGACGGCAUCUGGUACGACUACAACCACGAGCUGCAGCAGCACCGCCGCUACUUCUACCCGAGCAACGUGGCGCCGCUGUGGAUGGGCGUCGUGGACCGCAGGAAGAUCCGCAAGCGCGCGGGCAAGAUCCUCGCGUACCUGACGGACUCCAAGGGGCUGGACUACCCGGGCGGCGUGCCCACCUCGCUGAUCAACAGCGGCGAGCAGUGGGACUUCCCCAACGCGUGGCCGCCGCUGGUGAGCAUCAUGGUGAACGCGCUGGAGGCGCUGGGCUCGGCGGCGGCGCGGCGCGAGGCGCUGGCCGUGGCGCAGACGUGGGUGCGCGCGUGCCACGCCGGCUUCAGCGCCAGCCGCCAGAUGUUCGAGAAGUACGACGCGGAGCAGCCGGGCCGCGUGGGCGGCGGCGGCGAGUACACCGUGCAGACCGGCUUCGGCUGGUCCAACGGAGUCGUGCUCGAGUUCCUCAACAAGUACGGGCAGAGGCUCACGGCAUCCGACCCCGCCGCCGUCGCCCCCGCCGUCGCUCCAGCUGUCCCCGCCACCCCCGCCGUGGCAGCGGCAUAGUAAACCACCAGACCAAAGCAUCUACUUAACUGACAUAGACAUAGCUUAACAAGAUGACUGCUAGUUUAUCAAGCCAGAUUUCCUAAGUAUACAACGAACGAAACGAAAGGUUGCAUAGCCGUGUUGUGAUAGGUUAAAAUUAUCGAAAACGAGUAGAAUCAUUAUUUACAUAGAUAUAUUAUCUAUUCAAUAUUAUGUAUAUUGAGAUUUACCAAACCUACUAUAAGAGAUGCAUAAUAUGUAUUGUGUUGAGUUGUUACCAACACCUAUAUAGUUACCAGUGCAACGAGAGAUAAACAGUUAACAUGUUAUAAAUGAGACUAGGGAGUAGAUAAGUACAGUAAACGCUAUUAUCCUAAUCAUUAUCCUAAAAACAAUGAAAUGUGAUAAAUUGUUGUUAAUUUACAAAGACAUUAAAUCUGUCUUGGCCAUAUACUUAGAUAUUUAUUAAGUAACUUAAUUAUAAAUUAAUUAUUUCAUUAAGUAAUAUUUAAAUGCUUUAAGCAUGUUCCUGAUUUAAUAGUAUUGUUUGUUAGUUUCAGGAAUAAAUAAAUUGAUACCCAGUACAAACAUAAGCAUAAGCAAUUAUUUACUUAACUUACGUAGUUCAGUAUCUUCUGAAUUUAUGUACUUAAGUGGUAUACUUAUUUCUAGUUAAGUAUAAGUACCUUAGUAAUAUUUAUUUUAUGAAAUCAAAUGCAUUUUGAAAGUACAGCGCUAAUUAAGUAAGAUUUUAACUUACAUUACCUUUCUACUUUGAUGUUACCGUUAAAAUACUUAAAGUACUUAUUUAUUGUUACAAUCGUUAUUGUACCUUUAGAAAGUACUGUUUGUUAUUCCUAAUCAAUAAAAACCUUUUGUUACAAUCGUUUUAAGUAGGUACAAUACAUUACAAUAAUAUUAUUCUUAUCAUUAUCACUUCGGGUGACUAUCUUACUAAUAUAUUAAAAGGCUGUGUCUUUGA